UUUUGGUUAACAACAAUUCCGUUUAGCUUACAAAGUUGGGUAGUGGACAUGGCUACGAGACCCCGCACCAUUGAAGAGAUAUUCGUAGACUACAGGGCAAGAAGAACUGCUCUUAUUCACGCUCUUACUCGUGACGUUGAUGAAGUUUUCAACCUCUGUGAUUCAGAUAAGGAAAACUUAUGCCUCUAUGGACAUUCGGAUGAGACCUGGGAAGUAACUCAGCCAACAAAGGAAGUUCAGAGGGAUAUCCCUGAACCAGUUAUUGGAAUCAAUUUUGAUAGGAAGAACCUGAACUUCAUUGACUGGCUUUAUCUGGUUGCCCUGUUCAGUGAGUCGUGGUUGUUUUCAGUGGCCUUUUACUAUGGAUAUCUUCUUAACAAGAAUGAAAGGGAACGUUUAUUUAGUUUGAUCAAUGAUCUUCCCACCAUUCCUGAAGUUUUGGCUGGCUGGAUACAAGUUGAGAACAAGCCCAUCCUAGAUAGUGGAAGCAACUCCCCACAAAGCACAGAGGGAUCUAGUGAUGGACAAAAUGUAACACAUUCAUUAAGCAAAUUGUCCAUCAAGCAUAAUGAGGCAGGGAAGCAGCCUGAGGAGGGCAUGACCAUCCACUGAAGGCAAUGAAAUGGGUAUAUGUGAUGUGAGGAUGGGUUUUGUUUAGUGGCUGAAAAGAUCAGAAUUGUAAUAUUGGUACUACUUACUACACAGAAUCAUAGACUGAGGUACGUUCAUGUAAUGGGCAAAGUAUCAAUGUCUAAAGACAAAUUUCUUUCGGAUUAAGUUUGUUUUCUCCACGAU